AUGCUCACACUUUGCCUGAUAUUCGGGCUAUGGCACAUGGGCACACAGUGGACUACUACGUUACUAUCGUUCCUACAAUGGGAUACUGUUGAAGUGAUGACUAUAGUGGAUCUAGGAUAUAUUCAAGCCUUUGGCAGUGUGUGCAAUGCGAUUGGAGCGCUCGCAUUCGGUCAGAUGGCUGACUCUGCCGGACCAAAGGCAAUGUUCAUGUUGUCAUGCCUUUUCACUGCUAUUUAUUAUUCUGGCAUUUCUAUUGCUAAAUCCUGGUACGGAUUCUUCUUCCUUCAGAUUCUACGUUUUGGAUAUCAAUUAGAUGGUACCACUGAGAUGUACUUGGCAACGGUCACUACUGAACGGGAGAGGACAGGAGCACUAAUGAAGCUCACAUUCCCUCAGGCGAUGGCCAUGUUCUUCGGCCCGAUCAUCGGCUCGAAAAUCGCUGCCUAUACCUCGCUUCGGAUUUCGCAGUUCAUAUGUGGUGCUGCGUUGUUGGCUACGUUAAUGCCCGUACUUAUAUUCUUUCUCCCCACCACUCAUUCUAUUCCACGUCUGGCCACUGCUCGACUACGACCGCAAGACUACUGGCCGAUGAUCACUAAGAACACAGCACUGAAAGAAGGGCUUAUUCUCCGAGCGCUGAUAGUUUCAUCAUACGUUUGUUUCGAGAUGAUCUCACGAAACUUCCUUCUACGCUCCUACAUGAAAGACACAAAUGACUCUGCCAUAGUUCUAUUGGUAAUGGCUGUUUCUUUGCUCGGUGUGCAGUUCGUCAUAUUGCCGAUUUUACAAAGGAGGGCAAGUCCCCGGACCCUGCUUCAAGUCGCCAUGAUAGGCCUAAUUCUCUGCUAUUUCGCCGUUUCAUUCACGUCCACAUUUGAACAACUUCUCGUCAUUACUGCUAUACAGACGGGAGCAUAUGCUGUGGCGUAUGCAGAAUCCUGCACUCAGAUCACCAGCGCUGUCGAAAUCACCGAUCUCGGCAAGGCGACGGGACUUGCCUCUACGGUCCAGUGGAUCUCCCACUUCACAGAAUUCCAUUACCUCAUUCCGCGAAAACGUGAUGAUGUGGGCCAAUCGGUUGAAAGCCUCGACCUCAAUAUCACUGAUCACAUCUUCAAGAAGUGGGAAUACGAUCGGCUCGUUGAACAUCUUCAUGACUGCACGAGGAAGGCUCAGAGUUCUAAAACCAUCAAGAGACGCCUGUCUCCAGAAACUCUAGAGUUGAUACGUCAGCGUGGAGCUGCACGAGCAGCAGGCAACCAGGAACUCAUGCCCGAGCUCGCAAGGCUUUGCAGAGAGGCGAUAAAAGAAGACCUCAAAGAGAGAAGAGCAGAAGUGUUGGCUGAAGCUGCAGAGGCAGGACACAGCAUUCGCUACGCCCGUCGAGACUUCGCCAGUCACAAGACGAGGAUGACUGCUCUCCGGAACCCAAAUGGAGCAGCCAUAGCAUCGAGAAGGGGAAUGGAGAAAAUCAUCUACGAAUUCUACUCCGAUCUCUUCGACAGACAUGUCCACUUGCCUCCUCACCAUCUAAGGGAAGACGGACAUGUCAUUCCUGAGGUUCUCCCGUUCGAAGUACGAUAUGCUAUCAUGUCGAAUCGUCCGCCAGUUCUUAUCAACACUCUGGCGAGACUCUUCACUCGUUACCUGUCGGAAUGCAAGGCCCCAAGCAGUGGAAGACCAGCGAGACCGUGUUGCUGUAUAAGAAGGGAGAUCCAAAUGACAUCAGCAACUAUCGCCCAAUCUGCCUACUGUCCGUCAUCUACAAACUCUUUACAAGAGUGA